AUUACGCCAAACGGUAUUUUAGAAUCUGAAAAAUAGAGAGCGAGAGCAAAACGGUGAUAACCCAGAAACAAAACUUGCAGAGGUUGAGAGCUUGAGAGAGAAUGGGGGACUAUCACUAUAUCUACAAGGACUUGGACGGAGCCUCUACCCAGUGGGACGAUAUUCAGGCCAAGCUUGGCAAUCUUCCUCCGAAGAAGCCGGCGUUUAAGCCCCCGGCCUUCACUCCGGCCGAGGACGAAGCCUCCGCUCCUAAAGACAAGUCGUGGAUCGAUGACAAGACCGAACAGGACCUCGAAGAUCUCGAAGACGAUCCCGAUCUCGACGACGAUCGCUUCCUCGAGGAAUACAGGAGGAAGAGGCUGUCUGAAUUGAGAGAAGCAGCUAAGGUUGCGAGGUUUGGAUCAGUGGUUCCAAUCUCGGGAUCAGAUUUCGUACGUGAGGUUUCUCAAGCUCCACCAGACGUUUGGGUGGUGGUGAUUCUUUAUAAAGAAGGAAUUGCGGAAUGUGGAUUGUUGAUGCAGUGUUUGGAAGAUUUGGCAACUAAGUACCCGGCAACAAAAUUUGUGAAAAUAAUUUCCACAGACUGCAUUCCUAAUUAUCCGGAUCGCAAUCUUCCCACUUUAUUAGUUUACAACAGUGGCGCUGUCAAAGCCAAUCAUGUUGGGAUGCGCAGCUUUGGUCGGAGAUGCACACCUGAAGGUGUGGCAUUAGUUCUCUGCCAAUCAGAUCCUGUGCUUAAUGAUGGGCAGAGUGCUAAUGGUCAUUCAAGGGAAGCCGUGAUCGAGGGAGUUCGCAAGAGGUUCAUAGAGAAAGUUGUGACACAACAUGAAGAUAAGGACGAUGGAUAUUCAAGUGAUUAGAACUUUAGUAACUGUAUGUUGGUUUGUCUAAGAAUUAUGUUGUUUUCUUGUCAGGGCUUCUGUAAGAGUGUGAGUUUAGAUGAAUACUGCCAUUUAGUGAAUCAUCUUGCUGCUUGCAAAACCGUUUUCAUGGUAUGUGGAAGAAUAUGACUGAAUUGCAUUAUCUGAGUGACCUAAUUAUUAUGUCAACUGCACAUUGUAUGAGAUGACAUAGGGAUUCAGUUAUUACAGUAUUAGAAGAUAUGAUGGUCAUUGACUAUCAAAGUUGUAUUCAGUUGUAGUGUUCUCUUUAUUCAAUUGAUGCAUCUUAACC